AUGGCGCCGUUCGGUCCUUGGGCGGAUAUUCCCCCGAAGCCCCUCGCCCUCGUCGGCAAUGGCCUCCACCUGCUAGAAUUCUACUGUCGUGCCCGCGGCGUCUGCACGGCGUGGCGCGCCGCCCUCCCGCCUCCAGUCCCUUCGCUCGUCAUCGUCACCAUCCCACCACCCGGCGCUUCUUCCCUCUACCGGCACUUCCCUGAGGUGUUCGCCCUGUUCCUGCCGGCGGAGCGAUUGUUCCCCCUCACCACGUUUCGACGUGGCAGCCUCUGCGUCGGCUCGAGCAACGGUUGGUUGGCCGUCGACGCUCGCUCCUGCAGCCUGGGGAUCUACCUCGUGAGCCGUCUCUCGGGCGGCAAGGAGAUCCGUCUCCUCCCGCUGAGGAACGACAACAAGCCUGUGCCAAAGAUCGUGUUCGCGCCAAACCCCAAGCCUGAUGACUAUGUUGCCAUUGCUAUCUGCGACCUGCGUCGACUGGCCUACACCAAGACACGGGACAUGAAGUGGAUGAUCCUCGACGUUGCCAUUGGGGAGAGGGACAAGCUCAUCGACCUGGCCUACGACACCGACGACGGCAAGGUCUACUGCGUCACCUUGUUGGGAGACGUGCACGUGCUCCACAUCCCCCGGCGACAGCGACGGAGGCCCAUCGUUGAACCCUUGCUGGCCGAGCGCGCCGGCCUCCCGUUCGACCCCGCCGCCGCCUACGCCGCGCCCUACGACACCGUGUCCAAGUUCACAGCCGUCAAGAAUGUCUUCUUCUUCGGCGGUAACUUGUACCAGGUGUGGCGGAACGUGAUGAAAGACGACAUCUUCGUCCUCAAGUACAACCCCGAGCGCCGGCCAUGCUGGGACGCGGUGACGGACAUGGGAGGCUACUCGGUGUUCGUCGGCAAGAACCAUCCCGUGGUGCUGCAACCAAAGGAUGCGCCAGGGGUGACGGCCAACUGCGUGUACUGGAUCAAUGAGGGGUCGAGGAAUGAGCCCAUGGUGUUCGACGUGGUCACCAGGACCUCGACACUUCACCCUUCCGCCGCCAAAGCAAUGUCUCCCUCGUUCGAACCAGUCUGCUGCUGGUACUUCUUGGAUGACAAGAUUACAGAGGUCCAAGACAAUGGAAGAAAACGACGUCAAAGUAUAGAUCAUUGCGAGCAGGUCUCCAAGACUAGUCGGAAGGCUCACUAG